AUGACCCAGCCCGCCGAGGCGUCGACCAUUCCUUCGGUCAAAGAUCUUGCCAGUAGUGAAGCAUCCCGGCGACGUGCAUGUCUCAACUCCGUCAUCGCAUUCCUGAACGAGCAGAAUGCUUCGUCGUCGCCACUGACGCUAACUGAAUGCCUCCAACUCUGGCGCGGCUUCUACGUCGGCCUGUACAUGCACGACAGCAAGAGCGCCCUCUCGGUGCAGCGGCUCGCCGCCGAACUGGCCGGGACGCUGAGGAUCAUGGACGAAAAAGACCACGAGGCCGGGUCAGACGGUCAGACUCAUCCGUGGCUCGACGUUUGGGCAACCGCGUUCUGGGAGACCGUGUCCCGAGAAUGGUCCUCCAUCGAUCAGUGGCGCAUGAACAAGGUACUCCUCCUCGUGCGAUUGUUCGUGAGGGAAUUGUUCAGCCUCGCGCUUGGCUGGGCUACGACGAGCACGGGGGACGCAUCGACACCGACACCAACACCGCAAAGUCGGGUGGGGAGUCAGCUUCAAAUCCUGGAGGCCUGGCCACUAAGUCCCCGCGAGCGCAAGGUGCCCGACGGUCUGAGACUGCAUGUCCUCGACGUGUGGGUGGACGAGCUCGGCGGCCAGCUCGGCGCGGCCCAGCAGAAGGCCGUCACGAAGUCCGAGCAUAGGGAUGGUGACGACGACGCACAUGCCCAGAAAGCGGCGGCCCUCCUCCUCGACACUGCCAGGGCGUUCAUGGGCCCCGUUGAAAAGCUGAGCAAAGAGGCGCUGAGUAAGGGAGUCAAGCUCAGGGCGAAGGAGGCUGUGCAGCUGGCCCAGGAGAAAAUAUGGGGAUGA